UUUCAUGGACACACUAAUAACAUCAUGGCGGCUAUUGAGAAAUUGCAAUUUGCUUGAGGAAAAAUCCGCAUUUUCCCAUUAAUUUUCCCAAAAAUCAAAGCGUGAGGGAACAAAAGAUUUUCCCCGAGUCCCCGUGCGUGUGGUGUGUGUGAAAAUAGUGGUGAAGAGUGGUGGGAAAAGGGUGAAAAAGGCACGAAAAGUUGGCAUCUGACAUUUAAUCGUUCGGGGUGGCGGCGUCGCUUCCUUUCUGGGGCGAAACAUAAGGAAGGGCUCGUGCGCCUGAGAAAAACAUCCGGGUGAGAAUGUUCCGGUGGGGUGUGUAAAAUGUGGUCAACGCGAAAUGUCGAAUUCAGUUUUUACGGACUUUUCGGCACAGAGUAGAAACGACAGUAGUUUGGUUAUUGUGCGAAAUAAGGAUGGAGUUGUUUCCGUAGAUUCAGCAGCCCUUCGUAGUUAUUUGAAGAAUGAAUCUGGGAAUACGUCUGUGAGCGUUAUUCGUGUGGCAUCCCCAACGCCAAGCUUGAAGGAGGAACUGGAGGAAGAGGAGCAGGAGCUACAUGCAAAUCCGGAUAAUGAUGAUAUGGACGGUGAUUUGACGAGAAAGGAUGUAGACCCGGAAGCACCGCAUGUUAGAGUCACUGUUGAAGAUUUCUAUUCGCCGGAUGAGGCCAAAAGGCUCAGAUCUGAAAUCCUUCAAUAUGCUGGCAUGAGUUCGCAUUUAUUGCUGGACAUUGACAAUGAGGAGCGCGUUAAGAGUAUCCACAAUGAUCAUUGCUACACCCCAUUGACUUCUCCAAGUCAACGGAAUCCACCUUCUCGUGCCACAACACCACCCACUGUCCAACCACCCGCAAAAGAGGUACGGAAAGCGGCGGAGAGUGAGCCCGUGGAUGCGGGAAAAGCCGAAGAAUCCGACCAGGAGGGAGGACAAUCAGACGCAGCGACUGAGAGUACAUUCAGUGAGAGUGAUUUUAGUGUGAGUGAGAGUGAGAACGAUCGCGAUAGUGAUCUGGACUAUACGGUUAACGAUCGUGGGACACGUCGGGGGAAGAAUAAGAAGAAUCGCGGGGGUGCAAAAGGUGCCAGUGCACGUGGUCGUGUCACCCGGAAGCAGCGGCAGCAGAGUUUCUCCUUUGAAGUUGACCCAGCUGAAGGAUUUGAGGAGGAAGAGCCACGAAGUGAAUCAGGUGGAAAGAAGAAGCCCAAAGCGCCGAAAACACCAAAACCAACACCCAUUAAGGUGCAGAAGAAACGCGAAGAGUUGCCAAAGGAGGAAUCCCCAAAGGCGGAAGUUGUUCAGCAGCCGAAGGUUCAACCACAGCUGGUGGUGAAGAAGGAUAAGAAGCCACCAGCACAUGUGGAGGCUCUCUUCACCGACAUGACAUCCCUCUUCUCCACACCGGACAUCAUAAAGAAGGUAUCAAGUGAGGCGGCAGCAAAGGUAGAACCCCCACCGCUUGUCUACACAACCACGACAAAAACUUACGGGCCGAAGAAGGAGAUCGCCCUGGAGACUGAUAGGGAUCAGCUUGAGCUGAUUGAUUCGAUUGUGAAGCAAGAACUCGAGGCGAGGGCCCCCAUUGACAGCACAACGCAACAAAUGGCCGAAGAUAUUCCGAGUAUUGUGAAGAUGCUGGAGAAUCCGGAUACAGCGCUCAAUCCGGAACUCCUCAGUGAUGUCAUUGGCUUGAAUACGAGUCAAGUGGCAACAAGUACAGCCGCCACACCCGCCCAGGCAGCCAACACCGCGGAACUUGAUCUCCUUGAGGGUCUAACGUCCGAGGAUGGGCUUCCGGAUGAAUUGCUGCAGCAUGUGGCGGAAUUGGUGGAGAAUAAGAAUCUCCAGGAGGUGAUUGAUAAGCAAGUUUUGGGUGUACAGACCACGCUGGGUACGGCAGUCACCACGACGCCUCCUGUGAGCUCCAGCACGCCAAAGAUGGAGGAGAAGGAGAGCCCAUUUGUGAAGUUGGCGAAGCAGAAGCAAAUGGCCAAGGAGGCGGCGGCCAGUAUAAUGUCAAUGAAUCGCAAGGAACCCAUAACGAUUGUCCGGAGUGAUGGGCGGGUGAUCACCCUUCCGCCCAUUGAGGCGCCAACCACAAGGGGGGCAAAGAGGCGGGCGCAGAGUACGGCAUCCACCUCCAAUACGUCCGUUGCGUCAUCCCCAACGUCGACGCCGCAGCACAAAGCACAGCGGGAUGCCGAUGUGGUGCCGUCGCUCAAGAGGAGCACCUCAAAGGGCACCGACAAGGAGGCAUCAAAGUCCAGCAGUCGCAGGACCAGCGCCACCCCUUCCUUGGCGGAAUCCGAGGAGAAUAUGGAUUCCGAUGCCAGCUGGAAUUCCGAAGAUGAUCCGGAUAGACUUUGGUGCAUUUGCAAGCAGCCGCACAACAAUCGCUUCAUGAUUUGCUGCGACGCGUGUGAAGAUUGGUUCCACGGGAAGUGUGUCAACAUAACAAAGGCAAUGGGGCAGCAAAUGGAGGAGCAGGGAAUCGAAUGGAGAUGCCCGAAUUGCUUGAAAAAAGGUCCAGCAGCAAAGAAGGGCGGCUCCUCAGCAUCUGAUGAUGCUUCCUCAGCUCAAUCACCAACAUCUUCCUCCACAAGUACACUGCUGAGUUGUAUUGUGUGCAAGAAACCAUCACGUCCCAAUUCAAUCUACUGCAGUGAUGAUUGCAUACGGAAGCACGCGAUGGUGACAACAAAGAGCAGUGGGGCGGCAAAGGAGGCCCCAUCGAAGCCCCCCGCGGCUCCGGGGGGUGCCACGAAGAAGGUUGGGGUGCUUAAGAAUAAAUUUGAUCGUGUUAUUGUCUACAAUAAAGUCACAGGGAAGUGUCUCAGUGGCGAAUCAGCGCCAACAUUAACAAAUCUCAAGCAUUGGCUGUCUGAGAAUCCAAACUAUGAGGUUGUACAGCCGGGAAGUGCUAUCGGGCAGGCAUUUAAGGCUAAACAAGCCCAAUUAACGAGCAUUUCAAAGCAAAUGGCCCUCAAGAGGCAGCAACAGAUGGAAAAGGAGUCGGCGCAGGGCAAAGAAAAGGUUCAGACGCAGCUCAAAGUGAUGUCGAAUAAGCAAAUUGUCGUGAUGCAUCCGAGUGGGCAGAAAUUGACGGCGGAGGGAAAGUCCUCGCCGAAGGUGCCAAAAGCAUCGCCGCAGGCAUCAACAUCGGGUGGGCAGAAGGUGUCGCUGAAACAAACCCAAUUGCCCGUGACAAAGACCAAAAAAUCCCCAGCAGCUGCUGAUGGGGCGAAAUCCUCUCCGCGUGGGGAGCCUGAGCCGAUUCGUGUUAAUGUCCGGCGGACGCUUAAGGAGCAACUUACAUCGCGCAUUGCUGACGCGACUGAGGUUCAGGGGAAGCUCACAGCGGAGGAGGUGGCAAAGUUUGCGACUGAUGUUGAGUAUGAGAUGUUUAUGUUGUUCAAUAAGGACACAGGAACGAAGUAUCGGGCAAAGUAUCGUUCGUUGAUGUUUAACAUUAAAGACAGGAAGAAUAUGUCGCUGUUGGAGAAGAUUUGUGAGAAAUUCAUCACACCUGGGCAGCUGGUGCGAAUGGCACCGGAAGAAUUGGCGAGUCAGGAGUUGGCGCAAUGGCGUGAGAAUGAGAAUAAGCAUCAAUUGGAGAUGAUAAAGAAGUCCGAAUUGGAUUUGUUGGCAUGUGCAAAGAAUUACGUGCUGAAGACGCACAAAGGGGAGGAAGUUAUUGAAGGGCGUAUCAGUGAGCGGGUGUCGCUGGAUCCAUCAAUUGCCGUUGAGGAUGUCGUGUCGGUGCUCAAUAAUUCCACCGUGACGAGUAGUAGUGAACCCGAAGGAGCCAAAGAGAAGGGAAAGAGUGAGAAGGGGGGGAAGGAUGCUGCGGUGUCGAGUAGUAAGAGUGGCGGACAUUCGAGUAGUAGCAAGAAGAAGGAUCGUGAUCGUCGCAGUCGUAGCCGGGAUCGGCAUGAUUCACGCGGGAAGUCGUCAAAGCACAAAAGGAAACGCAGCAGGGAACGACGGAGUCGAAGCAGGGACAAGGAGGAGCGACAUCGGGAGGCAAAACGUGAGAAGGAUCGUGAAAAGGGUGGGAGAGAUCGCGAUAGGAGUCGUGAUAAGAAGAGUGUUUCAUCGAGCACAAAGAAGGUGUCGGAGGAUAAGAAAGUCCCGCAGAAGGAGGUGAAGCCUGCUGGGAGUGAGAAGAAGCAGGAAGAAUCGUACAAUCUCAUUGAUAAAAUUCUCAAAGCUUCGGAGAUUAUUGAUAAGACCGCAACGGUGGUGGAUGAGGGGAAGAAGGAGGCCAAAGAAGUUAAGGAACAGGCAAAAGGGGACAAGCAGGUGUCUGAAUCCCAAAUCCCCGAACCGCCGAAGAAGUCAAUGAGUGUUGAAAGUGAUCAGGAGCCAUCUAGUACAAUUACAAUCCCAACUCCACCCGAGACAACGUACGACAAUGAAGAGGAGGAACAGCAGGAGUACACAGCGACCCCAUCAAUUUGGACAGGAAGCAUAAAUAUGGUUGAUGUGGCAACAUUCCAAAUCUCAGCAUUUAGCGUGAGUGGGGAAUGUGAGGCAAUUGGGAAGGAACUCCCACCGGCGCUGGACAUUGUGGGGCGUAUAAGUCCGGAAACAGUGUGGGAGUACAUAAGUAAGAUCAAGAAGAGUGGCAACAAAGAGAUUCUCAUUUUGCAAUUUAAAGCUGAGACUGAAUCGGAGCAGACAAAGUAUUUUGCUCUGUACACAUACCUUGAUUCCCGGAAACGUCUGGGGGUCGUGAAGACAGCCUCGACAUCCAUUAAAGAUUUCUACAUUUCACCCCUUGCUGCGCAUAAAUCCCUCCCGUCGGUUCUGCUGCCAAUAAAAGGGGUUGGAUUUGAGGAUAAUCGCCCUGAUCUACUCCUGGGGAUUCUUGUGAUGAUCAAAAGUGGCGUAAAGCGCGUCUCAACAACACUCGUGUCGUCAAAGCAUGCAAAGAGAGCUGCAUUGGCAAGUGUGGCGCCAAAAGGAAGUAUAGAGAGUCAUACACCACCAACGAGUCCCAAAUCUCAAAUUAGUCUCAAAACGAAGGGAUUGCAGGAUUCCCGGAAGAAGUUGAUGAUGAUGAUGCCAAAGCAGGGAAGUAAAGAAAAAAUCCCAGCUAAAGUUGCAACAGUUGCAGCACCUUCAAAAGUUGAAUCAAAUCCCGAUGAUGAUGAACCUUAUUCACCUGGUGGGAGUGACGAUGACAUACCGAUGCUACCGUCGAGUACAUCAACUGUAGCACCAGCUGCAAUCGCCGCACUCGAUCCGGAUGACAUUCAGCGGAAGAUGGAGGAGUUGAAUCGGCAAAUUGGGGCGAAAAAGAUGGAAAUUGCGGGAAUUCUCAAUAAGGGGCAGGAUACAAUUAGCGAUGAACCUUAUUCCCCAUCGGGUCCUGUUACCCCUCCAGCAAUCCCCGCAAUUCCCGCUGCAAUUCCAUCUCUUGCAAACAUUUCAAUUCCAUCGAAUUUGUCGGAGAUUCUUGCGAGUAUUAAGAAUGUUUCGGGGCCAACAACAGCAGGCAGCGGCGGCACAAAGGGGAUUGAUUCAAUUGAUCCCGCCGAGGAGGAGGAAGAUGAGGAAUACACACCAAUUGCACCGUCGAGUAUUUCAGGGACUUUCCAGGGGGUUGAUUACAAGCCAACAGGGUAUAAACCAACUCUUGCCGCUGCUGCCACAACAACGGACAGUUCGGGUCCGAGUAAGUUGGCUCAACUGUCGGAGGAGGAACUUCUCAGUAUGGUGCCCGAUGAUGCAAUCCUUGAGGAUAUCAAAGCAUCAAAAGCCGAUGAAGCUGCCGCCACGGAGGCACCCAAAGAUGACCCAACGUAUGAGCCGGCUGCUAAAAAAUCCAAAUGGGAUGAAAAGGAGAAAUCAACGGAACCUCCUCCGCCGGGACUUGAAGAUGAAUAUGAGCCAGAGUAAGUUUAAUUGAAAAUUUACUUAUAUUAAAAAAAGAAGAAAUAAAAAUAAAAUGAAAUUUAAGAAAAAUUUCCCAAAAAAAAAAAGUUGCCACGAUUCGUUGCAUUUAACAAGUGGAAAAGUUUUCUUUAUUAAUCAAACAUGUGGGAUGAAUGGAAAUUUCCACAAGUGAGAAAAAUAAAUUUUCAUCUCAUGAAAACUCUGAGAAAAUUUAUGAAGAAGGUGUGAGAAAGAUAAGAGAAGAAAACCAAAAAUUUCUUUAAUCUUAUCGUCCCAAAUUUAACGUGAAAUAAAAAAAAAAGAAUUAGUUUCUAAUUUUAUCUUGCUAAAAUAAACAUUUAAAUAAAAUAAUAUUAAAAAUAGAAGAAGAAAAAAACUAAAAUAAAAUAAGGAAAGCAAGUAGUUCUUAUCAUAUUGGUAAUGUGAAUGGAGAAUAUUGUGGGCGUUGAAUGGAAAGAAAAAGAAAAAAAGCAUGAAAAUUUCUCUUUAGAAAAUUAACAAUUUAAAGAAAUAAAUAAAUGAAAAUUGUACUGAAA